AUGAACGCCGCGCAGACGGGAAUCGAGAACCUCGACCUCGAGAAGCUCAACGACAAAGAUAAGACGGAGCUGCGCCAGUUUUUGGCGAAUGAGCAGCAGCGGUCACAGAUUCAAGCCCAAACACACAACCUGACGCAGAUUUGCUGGAAAAAGUGCGUCACGGGGAACAUCAAGGGGGCGAAGCUGGACAAGGGCGAGGAGGGGUGCCUGGCGAACUGCGUGGACCGGUUUCUGGAUAUCAAUUUCUUGACGAUGAAGCAUUUGAACAACAUGCGGUCAUGA